UAAACUAGGAGUGAUCGUAUAUAAAGCGGUCAAGCUUCCGAAGGAGUUGCAGUUCAAAUAAUACUAGAGUUCGAAAAUUCUCGCGAAUUUAUCACUUUUAUCCAUAUAUAUUAUUUUUUAUUGAAAAAUUAGUUAACUUCCUUAUUUCAUUAAAAUAAAAGAAACAUAAUAUAGGAAUAUGUGGAAAAGGGGCAGAAUGAAUUUUUGAAAAUUUUCAAAUUCUAAACAAUAUUCUGUAUAAAAGAAGUUUUUUUUUAAAAAAAAAGAUAAAAUUCUUUUUAAUUUUAGAUAAAAAUAUAUUAAUGCAUUUUUUUAAAUUCAGUUGCUAUACGAUUCUGUAUUUAGUCAUCAACCCCGAUGAUAUUAGAUUAUCAAGAAAAGAAAUUGAAGAUUCACAGUGAGAUAAGGAAGAGCAAGUAACUAAGAUGCUGGAAUGGUUGAUUCAAAACACCCUUACUGCCUUAUUAGCCUUAAUAUUCAUAAUAAUCAUCAUUCUAUUUUAUCUUGCAUUAUUUGUUAACAUCAACUUUGUCAAGGGACACAAAUUCGAAACUGGUGAUAAGGAUUUUAUCAUAAAAAACAAAAAAAGAGGAAAUUUACCACCCGUUUAUCCUAAUGGUUGGUUUGCUGUUUUGGAAAGUUCUGAACUUAAAAAAGGGCAAGUUAAACACGUAAUUGCUCUUGGAGAAAAUUUUGCGAUUUACAGAACUGUAUCUGGAAUUGUAAAAAUUUUAGAUGCUUAUUGUCCACAUUUGGGUGCAAAUUUGGGGCAAGGAUUAGUAAAAGGGGAAUGUUUAGAAUGCCCAUUUCAUCAUUGGCUUUUUCGUGGAGAUGGACAUUGUGAAAACAUACCUUAUUCAGAAAAAGUACCGGUUAAUGCAAAAACAAAGACUUGGGAAUCAUGUGAAGUGAAUCAUUUGAUCUUCGUUUGGUAUCAUGCAGAAUCCGAUAAACCAAACUGGAGACCACAGCCGGUCGAAAAGAUCUCUAAUGGUACUUGGAGAUAUCAAGGGAAAAACGAAUUUUACAUCAACAGUCACAUUCAGGAUAUUCCAGAGAAUGGUGCUGAUGUGGCACAUCUCAAUUCCGUGCAUGGACCAGCAAUGUUUCUAAGCGAUAUUUUCCCAGGCCUGAUGAGACACUCGUGGACUGAUGCUAAAUGGACUCCAUGCAAAAACGAUUUGGAAAUAAAAGAAAUCUCAGCAAUUGACGCAACAAUUUCAAAUGGUGUAGUCAAGAAAAAAAAUUGUGAACCAAACGAAAAACAUAAAGCCAUCCUUCAUCUCAAACACAGUUUGAUUCUAUUUGAAAAAUAUAAAUUAUUAGAAUUGUCCGUGAAGGCAAUGCAAAUUGGUCCAGGAUACGUUGAGCUGCAACUCGAUAGUUUUUGGGGUCCAAUGUAUAUUCUUCAAACGGUAACUCCAGUCGGGCCUAUGUUGCAACGUGUAACACAUCACAUGUACUCAUCGCGAAUUCUUGGCCCUUACGCGAAAAUUGUGAUAAUCGGAGAAACAUUUAUGUUUCAACGAGACAUUGAAAUCUGGAACAACAAAACCUUCACGAAAACGCCAUUAUUAGUAAAACAAGAUCGUGCAAUUACAGAAUUUCGUAAAUGGUACUCGCAAUUUUAUUCUGAUAACAGUCCGACUUUUCAAUCAGCGUCAAAAUCUCUCGAUUGGUAGUUUAGCUUAUAAAUAACUCAGGCUUCUUUUUUUUUUAUUCCUUUGGCAAUAAUUAUUAUAUGAAUAGAUCAGCGCAAUAAUCCAUCUAUUUAUUUAUUGUCACAAUCCAGCAAAGUCACUGCAUUGUAAAUAUAUACUUUUAACUCAAUUAGGACAAAAAAUCGUAUUAAGACACAAGUUUAAAUUUUAAACUUAUGUGAUAAACUAUAAAAAUUACUGUAACAUUUACAGAUAUUCACUCAUUAACAUUAAAUAGACAUUAAUUUUAA